CAUGGUAAUUUCCGCGGGUAGUGGACUGGGAGCGACGAUCACUCUUCGUCCAAUAGUUUCACUUCCCUUCCUGAAGAAGCGGGUGACGUAAGAUGAACAGUGAGUGAGUGAGUCAUCACUACCCCUGGAACAAGUUGCUGGAACUGAGAGUAGUGACUAGUGAGUACUGAUGUUUCGUCUCUCGCAUUUCUCUCUAUUCGGCUGAAAUUUUUCUCACUUCCACUAGUACAGCUAGUGCUUCCUCUUCCGCGAGACAACAAUUCCUCUCUUCCAUUUCAGUUCCGGAUACUUCUUUGCUUCCUGAUUUAGGAAAAAUGACGGAUAACAACUCCUCCGGUGAGUGAGGCAUGACAUGUCCACCACAGUCAGACUCUCAAAACUUGCCGGUUGGAUGGAGAUUCCACCCGUCUGAUGAAGAACUGGUUGAUUAUUAUUUGAAGCGGAAGAGGCUUGGUCAUCCUAUAUAUGGCUUGGACAUCAGCGAGGUUCAAGUAUGCGAUUAUGACCCUAGGGAUCUACCAGGUCUUUCCAUGAACAAUUCUCGGGAUAAAGUUUGGUAUUUCUUUUGUCUUCGUCUGUAUCACAAUAAUAGAGGCCAAGCUAAAAGGAAGGCUAAGGAUGGAUAUUGGAAAGGCACAGGUGACCUUCGCUCGGUCACGCCUGAAGAUAGUGAUGAGGAGAUCGGAACAAAGAGAACCUUGGUUUUCCAUAAUCCUAAAGCCACCCAAUGGGUCAUACACGAGUAUGAGUACACUGCUGCACUCAAUUUGCCUACAAAGGUAAUUGCCUAUGCUCUGUUCUAUGAAUUUGCAUUGUAAGUAAUGAGAUAUGCUAUUCACAAAAAUAUGCAUUUGGAAAGUCAGUCAUCUUAUUGCAUGUUACAAUCAGGUAAAAUAACAUCAUUCGUAUGUAACUGCUAUCUGUGAGAAAUUGAAAUAGAUUUUGUUAAUGUGC